CAUCUAUACGCAGCUCUAUUCCAUGCUGGAAUAUACUACUUCGACGUUCAACGAAGGGAGAAAGAUGAAGGGAAUCUAAUGAUCACAGUUCCGAGGAUGAUCGAGGAAUCAAACCUUGCAAUCAUCAUUUUCUCUGAGGACAACGCCUAGUCAAGGUUGUGUUUGGAAGAGGUGGUGAAAAUCAUGGAGUGUAAGAAGCAAAGAGACCUCAAGGUCUUUCCGGUGUUUUAUAGAGUGGAAUUAGGUAGAGUGAGUGGAUUGAAAGGGAGUUACCGAACUCGUAUUGAAUAUUUUCAAAAGAAGCUCGACAAGGAUGUGAGGAAAUUGAUGAGAUGGAAGGAUGCUCUCCAGGAGGCGGGUAGCUUGUCCGGGUGGUACUUGGAUGAUGAAACGUCGGAGGCCAAGAUAAUUGAAGACAUCGUCAAAAAGAUCUCUGAACUGAAAAUGUACGAUGUGUUUCUGAGCUUCAGAGGUAAGGAUGUCCGUGAGUACUUUGUUAAGGGUCUGAACGAGGCCUUGGUGCAAAAGGGCAUAAAGACUUUCAUGGAUAGCGAGAACAUACUGAUGGGCCAGGAUUUCCCAUCGAAACUGAAGGAAGCCAUUGAACAAUCUCGCAUGUACGUUGUCAUUUUCUCAGAAACUACGCUGAAUCUUGGUGGUGUCUGAAGGAGUUGGUGCAGAUCCAAGGGGAGAAGAACAGAACAAAACAGCUGCUGCCGAUAUUUUACAAGGUGGCACCGGGGGAAGUAAGGGGACAGAAUCCACGGGAAGUGAGUGGAAAGAAACAGAGUUAUGAGAAAGCAUUGACCGACCACAUAAGAGCGAGUUUGGGAAGCGCAAGGUUAAAAAUGGAAGGAGGCUCUCUAAAGCUGCCAAUGUGAAUGGAAUACAUCUGCAUGAUGGGAACAUGUCUGGUUGCAUCGCUAGGAUUGUUAAAGAGAUGGAGAAAAUGAUGCAAAGGAUCGAAUGACAGCUAGGAUGAAAAAGCUCAAAAUGUCAGUUCCAUCAAACGGAAUAUAAUUUUAUUACGCUGAGAUUGUCGUAUGAUAUUACUCUUAAAUGUCGUGAAUAAAAAUUGUCGCUUUUCCUCUUUCCUCUCUAGGGUUUCUCCUCUUCAUCUUAUCUUCACGCAGCUUUCUUCUUCAACCUCCAUGGAGGGGAGGGUUUAAGCUAGCGUCCCCUCCCUUUUUUCCUUUUUCUUUGGCUGAUUUUGUUCUCUAUUAUAUUUGUCUUGCUUUCCUCUCAUUUUGCGGAGCUUUCCUUUUCUGAUUUAGUCUAGAUUUGGAAGCUCUUCUCUCCCAUUUCAGAAAGGUUUCUAUCUCUAUCCAAUCUAGAUUUGGGGAUUUUUGCAUGUAUGAUUUCAG